AUGCAGGAGUUGGUGGCUGGUGUGGAGAAGAUCAGGUUUGACCUGGAGGUCGAUGUGGAGCAGCAGCAAGGAGCUCGGCCCCUGCCCUUCCCGGGGGUGGACAGACUGGGGGGGGCCGUGGGGGACAGGCUGGCUGUGACAGGGGUGCCAUGGCCAGGCGUGCAGGGCCCCUCCAGGCACGGUGGCAGGGCCAAGACCGCGGUGUGCAGGCACUGGCUGCGGGGGCUCUGCAAGAGGGGCGACGGCUGCGACUUCCUGCACGAGCACGACGCCACCGGGAUGCCCGAGUGCUAUUUCUACUCCAAGUUUGGCGAGUGCAGCAACAAGGACUGUCCCUUCCUGCACGUCGAUGCCACCCCCAGCACCAUGGGCUGUCCCUGGUACGACCGCGGGUUCUGCAGGCACGGUCCCCGGUGCAAGUACAAGCACACACGGAGGGUGAUGUGUGCCAACUACCUGGUGGGGUUCUGCCCAGAGGGACCCAAGUGCAAGUUCGUGCACCUCAAGGCCGGGCUGAUGACGAGCAGCACGGAUCCCUCCAAGGUGAAGCCCUUUCCUCUGCGCACUGGGGUGAUGCUCCAGCUGCCCCACAGCUCUUAUGGGACAGCAGCUGCCAACUGCCCCUCCUGCCCCAUUCCCCCCAGGAAACUGGCUGUCCAUGGGGGCUGGUACAGCGGGAUCUGGCUGCUGAGCGGACAGGUCAGUCCCUACACUGGUGAGAGUGGGAGGACUCAGCUGGAAAUGCUGCUGGGGAAGUGA